UACGUCUGCGAGACAUGUGGAAUACGUUGCCGUAAGCCGAGCAUGCUGAAGAAACAUAUCCGGACUCACACCGACCACAGACCUUACCACUGUCGACACUGUAAGUUUUCCUUUAAGACCAAAGGUAACUUGACGAAACACAUGAAGUCUAAAGCCCAUCAGAAGAAA